ACACGGUCGGUGCUUUCCCUUGGACCUCCGGCUGUUGUAAACACGUUCGUCCUUGUGAGAUAACGGCAGUUCCAGACCAAGGUGUUCGCGUAGAGUUGCAUGACAGACAAAUCAGCUGACGGUAGGCUGUGCCUGAGAAAAGAUGUGAGACAAGCCAAGGACAACCCGACAACCCACACAGCAUGGAGGACUUCCUCCGCACAUCCAGGCAUGCCUUGGCCAGGGUGUCUGAAUAUGGACAGGUCCAUGUUGUGCUUGGUAACGAGGCCUGUGACUUGGACUCUGCUGUGAGUGCCCUGGUGUAUUCCUUCUACCUCCACCAGACUGAUGCCUCUGGCAGCUUGUACAUUCCGGUCCUUGACAUCCCCCGGUGCCAGUAUCACCUCCGCACAGAGAUCACAUACCUCCUUUCUAGACACAAUAUUCCGCCUGAAAUCCUCACUUUCGCUGAUGAUGUGGAUCUUGCUUCACUUGCUCCUUGCCUGAAACUCACAUUGGUUGACCACCAUGUGCUUCGGACACAGUUGUCUCCCCUACACCAGUGUGUUGUUCGGGUGAUUGACCAUCGACCAGUGGAGAAACAGUUGGACAACAGAGUGUCAUGCACAGUUGACCUGGUAGGGUCAUGCUGCACGCUCAUCACAGAGGAAGUAACACAAGAUGACACAGUCACCCUGGAUACGACCAUGGCAACGCUUCUCUUAGGAACUAUUCUCACUGAUACUAUCAACAUGAGUGAAGCAGCCGGCAAAACCACUGCCAGGGACAGGACGGCCAUAGACACCCUUACACUGCUCCUGCCUCAAGUUGAUACUCAGGCUCUGUUUGAUGGCAUACACCAGGCAAAGACAGAUGUCAGUGGUUUAAGCAGUGAGGACCUGCUGAAAAAGGAUGUCAAAUUGCUUGUCGGGGCGAGUCUGUCCAUUGCCAUGUGCUCUGUGAUGAUGUCUGCUCAGGAUUUUCUGCACAAGGAAGAUGUAGUAGCAGCACUUGGAUCCUUCACCACAGAGAAUGGUGUUGAUGCUGUGGUAAUGAUGCUGCUGUCUACACCUAGGGGAGAACCUCACCGAGAACUGGCAGUGUAUUCCCCACAGCGCAUCUACAGACAGCAGAUAGCAGAUGUCCUUGAGUGCUGCAGUAGCCCCAGUCUGAUGCUUGAGACCAUUAGUGAUGGUCCAGAUGAUAUUGCUGUCUUCAAUCAGGGAAAUGUGCAAGCCUCUCGCAAAAAGGUCAUGCCAAUACUCAAGGCUUUUCUCAAUGGAGAAAAAACACCAGAUGAAAGUGCUGCUCUCAGUGCGGUCAGGUCGUUUGUGUCAGGUGGCAGCACGGAUGGGCUGAGCUCGUUAAUGGAUCUGCCAGGCCAGGGAGAGUCCCAGCAGGGACAUGACAGUAGCCAGGGUCUGCUGUCACCUGACACACUGGACCUGUUCCACCCAGCUGCCUCCUCACACACUGCACAAACUAGUGCUUCUUCUGAGGGCCAUAUGACUGGUCCUGCAGUUUUGUCGAAGCAAUCGGAUACGCUGUUUCUGGGCAAUGAGGAGGCAGACAGAGGGACAGAUUUAGCUGCAGGAGAGAAUAGAAAUGAAUCCAAUGUGACCAGUUGUGCAGUGUUGUCGCCAGUAGGACCUAGGAAGAAUGAUGAUUUGGACAAUACUGACCUGUUAAACAACUUUGAUCCAUAUGUUCUGAUACCAUCUGCUGAUAAUGAAGACAAUACUGGAGAUAUCCAAAGACCCUCAGAAUUUAUUGAUAACUUGAUCAAUACCAAGGUUGACGAUUUUGAGUUGACAGAAGCAGAUGUGUUACAACCAACCUCAGGACAGGAAUUGUAUUCUUCAGGCUUAGAAAGUCCAAUGGACUUUUCCUCCGGGCAGAAUUCCGGACAAGGGUCUAAGGUGUCCAGUUACCCAGUGACACCCCCAAACAGUUUCAUGGAUGUUGAAUACAGUGGAAUUGCCAUGGAUCAUGAUUUGCCUAGUUUUAACAGUUCUGAGAUGGUGGAGAGAAUUAAAGCAAAGAAGGCCUCACUUGGAGCUGACACAGAGGGGAAUUCCCCGACACAGGACUACGGCAUUGCACAGGAGGAGCAGGACUUCACAUUUACUCCACAAAACAGCUACUCGGACAGCAAUAUGGAGAAACACCUCAAGGAAACAGAAUUGCCAAGCUUCUAUAAUUCUGAAAUGGUACAACGUAUUAGAGAAAAAAGAGCAUCUCUUGAGAAUGCUGUGAAUGACACAGAGAAUAAUCAGGAUGAUUUACAAAACAAGUUUCCUUGGACUCCCCAUAAUAGUUAUGUGGAAGGAUCAUUAGAUGCCUUCAGACAAGAAAAUCUUCCAAGUUUUAAUAACACUGAAAUGGUUCGAAAAGUUGAAGAAAAACGUGCAAGUCUGCCCUCUUUGGAUGAGAAUGAAAAUGAAGCUGGUGCUAGUGGCUCUGAAAACAACCUUGGUUCUGUACCCCAUACUUCACAGAAUGGGGGAGUGGAGGGAAGGGAAGGCCCGAACGGGAGGCACAAGGAUACCACUCAGGCAGCAGACUCAACAGUAGGUGCCAGUCCAGCAAUGGACCAGGCAUGCACACACAAUUCCGUGCCACAUGGAAAUAUGCUGGAUUUUGAAAUGUCUAAUUCUGCUGCAAACAAUACUGUUGCCAGCCUCAUUGCAGACGAAAUGCUAACUGACAUGACUGGUGAUUCUGCUCUAGUCCUGCAGGUAGGGAGACAUCAGGUGUUGGGUCAUAACAAUUCCAGCAAUGUGGUAGCCAGUGCUAUAUCUGAACAGAUGGAGGGAGAGAGGGCAAUAAGGGCCAGCUUCACCUGUCCUCCCUACAGUAAUGGUGACAGUGACGGACCCACCAUUCCUGCCAGUGAUGUAAUCAAGGGCUGGAAUAGUUCAGCCUCAAAGGAGGACCACAUGAGUGAAACCGCCAUGAACGAGGUGGCCUUUACUCUUGCCAGUGAGCUCAUACAAAAUGCCCUUGAAACAUUCAUUCCACAAGUGGAGGUGAGCCAGGUAGCAGACCUCUCUGAAACCUCUGUCACAUCGGAGGGCCAGGUGGUGUCCAGCGACCCCAAGCCAGAUGAGUUGAAAACAGGAAGAGCCCCGAGGUACUUGAAGACAAUCAGUAAGUCAGAUUCCAACACUGUUUCUGUAGAAACAGAAUAUCUACCUGAGAUGGACCCACUCCAUGGAAAUAUGGAUAUAGUUGACAGAGGUGCGUUAGAGACUGAUGCAGAGAGAGGGAAGUUGCAGAGAGUUGUUCGUUCAGGAGAAUUAGUUGUGAAGAAAGUUCUCUGA